AUGUCGAGUCUUACGGCGGCAAGCAAGCUCAACGCGGGCACCAAGCGCCUGGCGCCGCCGUCCCCAUCACCAUCGAAUGCGAGCAACACCUCCAAGGCCGAGGGCACGCCAUCGAAGCGCAUCAAGCGGGAGGACAAGCUCGGUGGCAUCCGCUCGAUACGCGACCAACCAUCGCCCAACACGCCGGCGGCCGCCGCUGCGACCAACGUCAAGUAUGGCGAGAACAUGCUCACGCAGCUCACCUACGCCGUCGAGUUUCUCAAGAACAAGGGAGAGCCCAAGUCCCUGAUAGACAUUCUCGAGUACCUCUCGCUGCUCAGUAUGCCCGACAGCGCGCAGCGAGAGUUCUAUCAGAUGUGCCGGCGGCACCCCAAGAUGACGUACAUUGCGGAGCCGCGCCUGAAGAACUCGGAGCUGCCGACGUGGAAGCAAGGCAAGUUCGAGUUCCGCGCGCUCAUCCCGGGCGUGAACAGCAAGACGACGCUGCUCGAGUGCCUGCAGGCCAAGACGGACGCGAGCUUCAUCUCGGUCAAGGACCUCAAGGACGGCUGGCCCAACUGCGACAAGGCGAUUGACGAGCUCGAGGCCGAACACAAGAUUAUCGUCGUGCGCACUAAGAAGGACAACCACGCACGAUACAUCUGGAUCGACGACCCGACGCUGGCGCACCACGUCGAUCCCGAAUUCCGCGUUAUGUGGCAGAAGGUUCAACUGCCGACUCUCGAGGACAUUGUGCGCAAGCUCACAGCCGUAGGGCAGAAGCCUGCCAGCGAGGAUCCCAGGCUCAAGAAGCUCGACGCGCCCAAGAAUGUCAAGCAGAAGAAGCGCUCGAACCGCAGCAACAAGCAGCAACAGAACGUGCACAUGGCACAUCUGCUGCAGGACUACAGUCAUAUGAAGCGCGGUUGA